GGAAUGUUCAACAGCAGAUGACAGAAGUCCGCAUGCGCAUGGAACGUGUCCAGAAUCUAUUGGCAGAGUCGCUUAGCAUUCAGGACGGGAAGCGCUCUAUCGAAGAAGGAAAACGUGCUAGACUUGCAGACGAACGCGCCAACCUUGCAGCCAAAGAGGACAAACAUCUUGCCCGCAUAACCACUCUUGCGACGAUAUUCAUUCCCCUGCAAUUCACAUCCGGCUUCCUGAGUAUCAACAAUGACUUCGGCCAAAAGACACGAGUCAUCUGGCUCUUCUUCAUAAUCGGCGUCGCCUUGACAGUCCUUGCUCUUUUCGCAGUCGCCGCGGCCAAUGUGGACGACCGGCCUGAAGAUGCUGAUAAGUCGAUGUUCAAACGAGCAGGACUCAGGAUCUUGGUGGUUCUGCGAUUUCGCGAAAAGCCAGUCAAAGCCAAGCAGGAACCUCCAACAGCUUCCCAAGAGUCCAUUCAACCGAUGAAUGAUUUACGUCCCGGUAAUACGCAUGUUGUCAUCGAUACUUCGUCCACUCCGAAUGGUUUUCUUGGAAGUCGUCCCCGACGGGAACAAGGCAAUUUCGCAAGCUCAACGUUGGCAGCGUCGUCCGCUGCAGCACCCCAAGCGCGGCCACUGAAUAUAUCAGCUUCGACGCCGGUAUUGUCAUCUCAGACUAAUCUGCGAACUUCGCAAACUGCUCAAUCUGGAGAGCCUCAAAGCAGUACCGUGAUGCAGCGUAACGCAGAUUUACGAGCGAUACCGUCCCGCGGUUCAGGUGGACAGGCUUCGGCGGGUGCUCAGGAUACAAGAUGUGAGAGCAAUGUUGGAGUCAGAGUGCAGUCACCCUCUUGACAUGCCAUCGGGACCAUACAUUUUGACUGUUGAAUGAAGGCUCCCGUCCGAUCUUGUCCAAUUGGACGUCCUGAUUGUCUGCCAUUGCGUCGCACUUGUCAUGGCGAACUUUGGAAUACCAUUGAACAUGAAAGCCAAGAAAGCGCGAAUAUUGUCGUUACACUAGAUAUCGUGAAACGCUGUGGUAGGUUACAAAGACGAAGAAGUCCCAUCC